AUGCCUUUAAUUUAAAUCACAUAUUCACCAAGUAAUAGAUCAUGUUGUAGGAACUGUUAUGAGAAGAUUGCUGAAAAUACUUUAAGGAUUGGAUAUUAUGUAAAGAAAGGAGGUUUUAUUAAAUUAUUAUAAUUUUAGGAGGAUAUACAAAUAUUUAAUGGUAUCAUGAAAAAUGCUUUACUAAAGCUAAUUUAUGGGGAGUCACUGAUAUAGAAUUGACAGGACUUGAAGAAUUAAGUGGAUAAGAUAGACUUAGAAUUAAAGAGAAAUUUGAAGCUAUUCAGAGCAAAAAAAAUCCUGUAAAAUUUUGA